AUGGCUGUAGAUCUAUAUCGAAUUAGCAACCACGAACACCAUCACAAAGAUGAAAAUUGCUGGCUAUACUCGACUUGGAGUAUCAGCUACGCACAUAGCAACGAGACCACGGUCCACAGCCCUCCUAGAUAUCCACCUCGGCCCAAUCCCUACGACGGUCAUGCACCAUGGGUCUAUCCUCUAUCCCUCGAGGUGCCCCUCAGCUGCCUCUCCAGGCCUUCACAAGAUCUAUCUAGUAAUCACACUUUGUCGAGUAUGAAAUUCCUACCUUCCUCCGAAACAACAAAAUACUCGACGGCGCAAUGCGAUCCUACCGCAGUCACGGUACCUUUGAAACUUGCCGCUGAGAAGAUUGCCCAAUAUGCAUCUCCAGCCUCCAGAGCUGCUUCGAUUAAAGCCCACUCCGUGAAGCAACCUGUAGUGACGGCCGUCGACGACGUACUCGAAAAGCUCGUUUUGAAUUCGACCUCCACCUUGCCGAUACCAGCACCUUACCUUAAAGAGGCCGCAUAUUCGCAGACGGCCGAUCGACGCACCCUCAAUAUCAUCGCCGUCGUGGAGCGACUCGCUCGCGCCAAAGAGGCCGGUGACUAUAAGAGUGCGGCAAGGAUGGACAUGAAGACACUCAAGCAAUUUGCGAAGAUGGUGGAUGUAGACAUUGAUGGGAAGAGUGGUGGAUAUUGGGGGUAUAUGGUUGAUGACAGGGUGGCCUGCAAAGGGCGUAAGGUAUGGAAUCUGGGUUGA